GUGGAAGCAAGUCAGUUGACGAGCUCAUCCUUUCCACAACACAUACGCAAACAUGAACGUCUUCAUUUUCACAGUGUUGUGCUCGAUGACAACAGUAGCGUUUGGUCAAGAUGAUUCUACUUGGCAGGAACCUGUUUCUGGACGUGAUUCGACAGCCGAAUAUGAUCCCGCACCUGUUAAGGCUCCACCUUCUGAUCCCAUCGUGGUCACCAUUCCCACCACUGCCAAAGCCAUUGCUACCGCAUAUUCUGCUGCUCUAGUUCAAUCUGCACCAACAGGACCAGUCAAGUUCCCUGAACAAUCAUCAGCACCAAUGCCCUUAAUGCCUUACAGUUUCGAAUAUGGAGUGGACGAUGAUGCGAGUGGCUUGGAUUUCGGGCACAAGGAAAGCAGUGACGGUGCGAUUGUCACGGGAACAUAUUACGUUUUGCUGCCUGACGGACGUAUGGAAACAGUCAAUUACAAAGCUGAUGGUAAUGGAUACGUAGCAGAAGUUUCCUAUGAAGGAGAGGCCAAAUAUGACGCUGUCCAAACUCAGCAAUCGGGCGGAACUACAUCAGGGACUUCCGGACAGCUGCAAGCUUCUUCCAAUUCCGGUGCACCAUCUAAUCGCCCGCCACAACCGCCUUCCGUCCCUACUGGUGCACCUAAAGCACCUAAACUGCCAGCCGCUGUUCCAGCGAAAGCUCCACAAGUAUCAGCUCCAGUGUGGCCGGCUGUUAAACCACCGGUGGUCCCUAACGCUCCGGUUGUUAGCCCUACUCUUUCUGUCCCUCCUGCCAUUCCUGCUGUUGUUAAUGCCCCUGCUCCUGUUCCAGUGUACGGUCCGGCUCCAACUUCAGCUCCGGCUGCAAACUGGCCAUCGAGUUCGCCUCAGUUAUCCCAAACCCCGGCCGUACAAAUUCCUGUAACUCCAGCGGAAUUCGCUCGUUCACCUGUCCAGGUAGGAGUUCAGGCCUCUUAUGGACAAGCUGCUCCUCCAUCUGCAAUUCCACCGUAUCCGGUUGGACCAACUCCAUUGAAUCAAAGAAACACCCCUAAGCCUCCGUCUAAUCCCUAUUCUGUUUGAAGAGCUUAAAUUGAUAUAAGGCCAUAGAGUUUAUGACAACCUCAUGAUCUUCUUAUACGGAAACGAAAUAUGGAACCUGCUUUUAAAUAUAGAUAUUUAAAUAAGAUUUAAAUAUAACUAUAAUAUUAUAAUAUCAGAGUUUGUCUAACGAAUCUCGCAAUUAGUCGACAAUAACAAUACGAUUUAUU